AUGUUUUUCCAGUCUAGCUCGAAAUUGGUAUUCCUCGAGAGUUUACAACAGCUGUCAGAGUACAUUGAGCCUGACCAGCAGCGUUUGCCCGCUUCAACCAUCGCGUUGGAAGAAGACCUGAAGAUCUUUCCACAUGCUUUUCGUAUUUGUCACAAGGAGAUUCAGUGUACCGUCAAAGUCGGUCCUGCUGCUGUACAGGUGACGACGAGUGAGCAUCAAAAAAUGCUUGGUCAUCCGGUCAUUUUGACUGACGUAUACUAUGCCCAUGAAAUCGAGGAGGUAUGCGCGAAUUUAACUCUAGUGGUGAAUGCUAGCAUUCUGAAUGCAUUCAUAUUCAAGGUACUGCUUGUCGACGACAACACUAUUAUGUUGAUGAUCUUGAACGAGUCCAGCCCGCUGUCCAUUGUCUACAAUGAGUACGAACAGAUUGUUUCAGCUAUUGUACAUAUAAAAUCGCGAUUCGAAAUCGGUCAGCCGUCUAAUUUGACUCACACGAAAAUGCGAGCACGCGAUGUGCCCGGAACUCUUCUUAAUAUGGCAUUACUGAAUCUUGGCAGCACAGAUCCCAGUCUUCGUACAGCGGCGUACAACCUGCUUUGCGCUCUCUCAGCGAUGUUCAACUUUCAGAUCGAAAAAGAGCUAUUGGAAACUGAAGGCUUGUUGAUCCCCGUUAACAACACGCUGUUCAUCAAGCUGAUUUCGGAAAAGAUUGCUGCAAGCGAACCACAUCUCACAUUCGAGUUCAUAGAAGAAUUUAUACAAGGCUUUCGUCAGUCAGGUAUCGAAAUGAAACAUCUUUGCCUCGAAUAUGUCACCCCAUGGCUGCAGAAUUUGCCGAAGUUUUGCAGACAGAGCGGUGACGACUUCAAACGACGGAAGGUCGUCCAAGUAAUCGAGAACCUGAUAACGAUGACAGUGGAAGAACGCGAGAUGUAUCCGUCGAUUCAGACGAAGAUCUGGGGGAACAUGGGACGAGUACAACAACUGUUAAAUCUGAUGCUGGACUGCUUAUUGAAGAGAAGCAUUGCUGGCGGUUUGGGCUCUAGGCAAGCUGAAGUCAUGGCAGACACAACGGUGGCUCUGGCAGCAGUCAACGUUUCGUUUGUAUCAACGACAAUCCUCAGCCGAUUAAUGACGUUGUUAGAGAAAACUAGUCUUCAUCCUCAGAAGAAACUGGAAGAGCAUAUAUUUUGGGAAGAUAUAGCGAUCCUCAUUCGUUACGUUCUCUUUCUGUCAUUCAACAACCGUUUGGAAGUUGUGGAAAAUAUGCCGGUGCUGUUUCAACUUGUUACGUUUCUAGUGGGCACGGGCCCGCUGUGCAUACGAGCUUCAGUACACGGCAUCGUGAUAAACGUCAUUCAUUCGUUGUACACCUGCUCGUAUCCAUUUUCUGGUAUGUUCGUGUGCUUAAUUCGCUUUGAAACUCAUGCAUGCAAUAAAGACAUACCGGAAAGAACGCUGUGCGACGAACUGGCGAACAUAUCGUACAAGUUUGCGCUCAAGUACAAUCCUGCGUUGCAGUCGCGAGCAUUGGUCGUCUUCAGCUGUCUGUCGAAAGACACUGACGAGGUGACGAUGAAACAGUUGCUCGUACUUUUUCUACAGUUCAUCAAACGACGGGAUGACAAGAAUUUGCUGAUCGCCUCCAUAAUGUCGCUCACUCGUCUUUUACGUUUCGUUCCCGCGAACUCGAUCAUACUCCGAACGUUGUUUUGGAUCUCGGUCAUCAUCCUACAAGUGGAGGACGUCGACCUGUACGAGUACGGCUUGGCGCUGUUGGAACAGAAUCUGCGAACCCUGGACUCAAACAACGUUUUCGAAAACGACACCCUGCAGCACAUGAUGAUGGAAACUAGGCCAGCUCUCGAGUGGGAGUUCAAAGCGUUCGAUCAGGAAGCCGGGCUAUCCUUUAAACACAGUUUUCACUUCGCGUUGGUUGCCUACCUGCUCAAGGGAUAUCGACACCCCUUGCACGCGGUUGUUGCUCGCACGGCCGGUGUAUUAAAGCUGCUUCUCGGUUACCUGGCUAAGUUCACUAAA